CUUUAUUUCAUGAUCUUCCGUUAUAUAAACCCACCUCCAAUCCCACUUAUUUUCCACAGCCAAAGCUCCCUCGCAAAGCCUCUCGUCUUCGAUCUUUAUUGUCUCUAGCUGCUCUCUGAUCUUUGCUUGUAAUCUUUCUUUCUCUUUGCGCGUGCAUUCUCUUAAGCUUCAUGGUUAAGGACGUGGAGGUGGCAGAGCAUGGCUCUUACUCGGCCAAAGACUACCACGACCCACCUCCUGCACCACUCUUUGAUGCGGUGGAGCUCGGCAAGUGGUCCUUCUACAGGGCUCUGAUAGCGGAGUUCAUAGCUACUUUGCUCUUUCUAUAUGUUACGGUGCUGACGGUUAUCGGGUACAAGAGCCAGACUGACCCUGACAAGAUCAAUACCGACGCCUGUGGUGGGGUUGGGAUUUCUGGGAUUGCUUGGUCUUUCGGUGGCAUGAUUUUUGUUCUUGUUUACUGUACCGCUGGGAUCUCAGGGGGUCACAUUAACCCGGCGGUGACGUUCGGGCUGUUCUUGGCUCGUAAGGUAUCCCUGGUGCGGGCGGUGAUGUACAUGGUGGCUCAGUGCUUGGGAGCCAUAAGUGGGGUAGGGCUGGUCAAGGCCUUUAAUAAGUCCUACUUUGACAAGUAUGGUGGCGGCGCAAACACCCUCUCCGAAGGUUACAGCAAAGGCACUGGGUUGGGCGCCGAGAUCAUUGGCACCUUCGUGCUUGUCUACACCGUCUUCUCCGCCACUGAUCCCAAGCGGAGUGCUCGAGAUUCUCAUGUUCCGGUUUUGGCACCACUCCCAAUUGGGUUCGCAGUGUUCAUGGUUCACUUGGCCACCAUUCCAAUCACUGGCACUAGCAUCAACCCUGCAAGGAGUCUCGGACCAGCUGUUAUCUACAACAAGGACAAGGCCUGGGAUGAUCAAUGGAUUUUUUGGGUUGGACCCUUCAUUGGUGCUGCCCUCGCAGCUUUCUACCACCAAUUCAUAUUGAGAGCAGGUGCUGCUAAAGCUCUUGCGUCAUUCAGGAGCAACCCAAUUGUAUGAUUUCUGAAGGGCCUCAACUGAUUUCUUCCUUGUUCCUGGUUUUGCUGGGAAUGAGAUUGGAAGAAGGAUCUGGUAUUUUAGGAAUAAUGGGGGAGUGCUAAGAUUGUGUGUGCAGGUUUCUUUAGCUCUCUUAAUUUCCUUUUUACAGGGGAGGGAUGGGGAUUGUGAAACUGUGGGUAAAGUCUCUUAAAAAUAUGGGAACUUUUUUUUCUAUGCCACUUGUUCUUCUUGCCCACUUGCCUUUGGAAUUUCUUC